AUCUCCGCGAGUACCCGACUCCGGUCUCCGUCUCCCAAGUUGUGGAGUCCGAUUCCUUCGUCUGCAACUCCGAUUUCCUGUCCUACGACGAACCCAUCCCGGCCUUGCGCUCCGACGCGCUGUUGCUCCCCAAUCAGCUCUACUUCCUGCUCCCGGCUUCGAAGCUCGGCUCCAGGCUCACCGCUGCGGAUAUGGCCGCUUUGGCCGUCACGGCUAGCCAGGCCCUCCUCCGAUCCGCGGCCGGCGGCCGGAAGAAGUCCAGCAUCGCUCCUCUGUUCUUCCUCCUCGACGGCCACGAUGAUGAAUUCGCCGGCGCCGGCAGUAGUAACCUUACGGUUGGUGAUAACAAUUCGUCGUCGCGGGCCAAGCCGCUUCCGAGGUCUGGAUCUAUUAGGAAGCUCCAGAGGUAUGCUUCCCGGCGGGCGAAGCUGGCCGUCCGUUCUUUCCGGCUCCGAUUGGCCACCGUUUACGAAGGCACCGUCCUUUGACUUUGGAUUUUUUUUUUUUUCUGUUUUGUUUUUCUUUUGGCUUUCCUCCAUUCAUUCAUAUUCUCUCUAUCUGGUUUCUUCCUUUUGUUAUUCUUUGGAAAAGUCAAUGACUCUUGUAUUUUUUGACCUGGUCAAGGACCUGUAA